GAAGAGUCCCACAUUUGUUACGGCGACUUCAUAAUUCUGAAUUCCGACAUGGCCACAUCCCUUAUCCGGUUUAUUGGGGCACAUUUAUGAUUGCAAUUCGCCAAAUUUUAAGUCCUCUUCACCCAUUCCUCCCCAAGAUUUUCUCCAUUGCCAUUAUCACAUCAAGGCUUCAUCAUCUUUUUCAAACAUUCCUAAAUUCAAUCCUUUGAAAAAACUGAAAAACAUCGAGUACCCAGUACUCAAGGAACCAUGACGGAGGUCAUCCACUCUUCAUCUGCUUCGCCCUCUUCUUCUCCUUCAUUGUACCAGGCCAGAGAUUUUGUAGAUGAAGAAGAAGCCAAGGGGGGAAUUAAGGAGAAAGAUCAGCUAUCUUUAUUGGCCCUUUUAGUAGCUUUGUUCAGAAAGAGUUUCUGGUUGGCUUGCAAGCCGGAGAGAGCGGAGCAUUGCUGUUCUGCUGCUGGUAUGGAGAUUGGAUGGCCUACUAAUGUGCGGCAUAUUGCCCAUGUUACCUUUGAUAGAUUCAAUGGAUUCCUUGGUUUGCCUGUUGAGUUUGAGCCAGAGGUUCCCAGGCGCUCCCCUAGUGCUAGUGCCACUGUUUUUGGAGUGUCAACAGAAUCAAUGCAAUUAUCAUUUGAUUCCAGAGGGAACAGUGUUCCGACUAUCCUUCUACUGAUGCAAAGGCAUCUAUAUGCUAAAGGAGGACUCCAGGCAGAAGGGAUUUUCAGAAUAAAUCCAGAGGAGAGGCAGGAGGAAUACGCAAGAGAGCAAUUAAACAGGGGAGUAGUUCCUGAUGGCAUUUGUGUACACUGUUUGGCAGGCCUUAUUAAGGCUUGGUUCCGUGAACUUCCAAAUGGAGUGUUAGAUUCUCUACCUCAGGAGCAAGUAAUCCAAUGCCAGACGGAAGAGGAGUGUACUGCAUUGGUGAGACUUCUACCGUCCACAGAAGCUUCUCUGCUGGACUGGGCCAUCAACUUGAUGGCUGAUGUUGUCCAGGAAGAAAGCCGUAAUAAGAUGAAUGCACGCAAUAUAGCAAUGGUCUUUGCUCCUAACAUGACUCAGAUGGGAGAUCCAUUGACAGCACUAAUGUACGCAGUCCAGGUGAUGAACUUCUUGCGAAAACUUAUUGAGAAGAAACUACAAGAAAGAAAAGAUUCUCUCAUAGAAACAGCCCCGACUUCCGGCAUAGAGCCCUCGGGUGAAAAUGGUCCCCAGAAUCAUCCUCUCCAGGCAAUCCUGGAAGAAGAAACAGGUGGUGACCUGACCGACGAAGAAUAUAUCAGUUAUUCAGAUUCCAGCGAUGAAUCUGAAGAUAGCAGCAGCUCCUGUGAAUCUCAUCUACACACCACUAGUUGGAUGGAUAUUUAAAGAAUCCGACCUGUCGAAUUCCUCCAGUGGUCUGGGGACUGAAAAAAGAUGCAAAAGAACAAGCAAUUCAAUGACAGAGCGGGUCGAAUUCUGGAGGUGAAGAAGUGUCGCGUUCUUGUAUUUCGUCGUAGAAACCUGCAAUUUUUUUGUAUAUGUAUGUAUAGUGUGUUGAGUACUUGAGUGGUUUGGCUUUAACUCAGUUACAGUUUGAUUGAUGUUUGUUUAUGUAGUCAUUACUUGCAGAUUUUAUGGAGGUUGUUGGACCCUUUUUGAAAGUCUUGCCUGCGUAAUAGUCGCAUUAAUGCUCUACGUAAACGAAACAGAUUUCGCUGUUUACAAUCGCAGAUCAAUGGUUGUGUUCUAGCUCACUAGGGAUGCUGGUAAAGAGAUCUUUAUAUUACUAUCUGAUGUUCAUGGAAGUUCAGCAGCUUGUUUUUUACUCCGUA